CAUUUAGCCUAUCAAUUAAUUAGGUUCAUAUUCAAAUGUAGCCCUGACCCCUUUCACCCAAUGUGUUUGCUCUUAUUAAUGUCCCGUCCCUAACAAAAAAUGCAAAUGCAGGUUAUGCUGUUCUAUUGUCCCUAACACAAAUGUAAAUCCAGGUUAUGCUGUUAAAUCGUCCCUACCAACGUUGAGACCAAACCUACGCGUUGCCUAAAACUAACAAUGAAGUGACCCAAAACUUAACUCUUUGACCCUCUUUGACAAUUCUCGCAGUCGGACAUCCGGGCAUUAAUGAAGAGGGGGCAAAACAUGAGUCACAAGCAGUUGCUCUGUCGUGCAUUGUAAUACAAACGUGUUGAACUUUUGUCUUAUUUGCGGUCUUUUUUUCCGUUGGAAUGACAAAAAGUUGCCGUGUUGCGGGUUGUAACACAAGGAAGAGUUCGGAGCCGCAUUUGAAGUUCUUCAUUCUUCCUCGUGAGAAGAAAAGGAGAAGGAAAAGGUCGAAAGCAAUUAAUCGAGGAACAGUAAUAGAAGACAGUUCCGUGGAUCAUUCUCGCCUGUGGGAACCUAAAUCCAGGCACAUUUACUUUUGCAGCCGACAUUUCAUUACUGGUGAGUAAACUUUUAUCGAUUUUUUUUGCCCCAGUUAGCUGCUAGGAUUCAAUAGCUUUGGCAGUUGUUAUUAUUACCGUAACCUACAACUCGCAAAGUGUUAUUUUUCUUUUGCCAUGAACUGCUCUGAUUGGUCAAUCGGUAUAUUAUUGGCCUGGUGGGAAUUGGUUAUUUUGCCGUGACGUGACUCAUGCACUGUGUUCUUGCCUCGUGACCCCCCAUUUAGUUCUACUACCACGGUUCACGGCUAAAUAAGGCUUGGAGGCGAAUUACCGGUUGCGGCAGAAAUAAUCACUUCGUAUAUACUACCGAUUUUCUUGGUUUCACACAGUACAUAUUCCACGUAUCAUUGCAAGUCAUUGUUGUGGUCCCCAAUAAAAAAAUCAUCACUUUAUGAGGUAGUUGUAGAUGUUUCCGAACCCCACAGCAGGCCAUUCCUUUGGAUUGUUUAUCCAGCUAUCAGCUGCGACUUUGUAUGGGCAGAUUUGCAAGCCAAUACACGCUAAUUUUAAGUUGUAUCGCCUUCUCGUGUCUGUUGGCAGUGACUCGUGGUAAUAAUAAGUCAUGUUUAAGACAUUUUUAUGAAAUAAAAGACGCAAAACACAGCUGAAAUAUAUGAAUUUCAGACAACGUUUGUCUACGGAUGUGCGUGCCCAAUUCAUUUAAACUGGAAGGGUUGGCUAUGAAUGCUCAUCUCUUAGUGCCAUUGAAGGGUUUAGACGUCCAAUUUACUCGUCGUCCCUCCCAGUCAAAAUUGAUUGGGCGUCUAGUGCUGUAAAUGGCAGCCACUGAGUUAAUGUUUAAAACUACCAACGAUCAAAAGAGAGAGAGUAUUGUAAAUUGCAAUCUGGUGUUGGUUAGGUAGUGGCCUGUCCUGUGCAUGAAGUUGGAGCGUGCUCAAGCACAGGGUUGCGUGGGCAGUGUGACUGUGCUGCACAACAGUGCGUUAUUGUGGUGCGCAAUGACUGGCAACUCGUAGCAGCUGUCAGAGAUCGCGUGAAGAGACAAAAUGGGAAUGGCCAGCGAAGAUGUGAUGGUCACCCUCCAAAUAUUACCUGGUUUCUUUUCCAACUGUCUCUUCCUGGCGCUGUAUGACUCCAUGGUACUCAUCAAGCGCAUUGUUUCGCUUUUGAGUUGCUCCAGGUCUGCCGGCUCCGGAGAGUGGCGCCGCAUGUUGACUUCUGCGGGGCUCCGCUCCGUAUGGAAUAGUUUCUUGCUGGACGCCUACAAAAAGGUCAAACUUGGCUGUGAGGCGCCCAACUCCAAAGUGGUGAAAGUGUCUGCUAGUCCUCAAUGGAGCAGCAACAUCAACACUAUACCUGCUGAGGAGCAUGACGUGAGGGUUGAAAAUUGGGACGAAUGUCGACUCCUGGAUUUUGAGUCGUCGGAUCGCCCUCUGGUGGUUAACUUUGGUUCAGCCACAUGACCCCCCUUCAUCAGCCACCUACCAGCUUUCCGGCGUUUGGUAGAAGACUUUAGCGAUGUUGCUGAUUUUCUGCUGGUCUACAUUGAUGAGGCUCAUCCGUCAGAUGGCUGGGUGGCCCCGCCCAUGGGCCCUCAUUCUUUCAACGUACGGAAGCAUCAAAGUUUAGAAGAGAGGUUGGGAGCAGCGCAAAAGUUGAUCGAUCACUUUUCUCUGCCCCCUCAGUGUCAGCUGGUAGCUGACUGUAUGGACAACAACGCUAAUGUGGCUUACGGCGUGUCCAAUGAACGUGUGUGUAUAGUACAACAUAGAAAGGUUAGCUAUCUUGGUGGCAAGGGCCCCUUUUUUUACAACCUGAAAGAUGUGCGGAAGUGGCUGGAACAAAGUUAUGGGAAACGCUGGAAGUAAUAAAAAGCAAGUAGUGUUUUUUUUUGCCAUUUAAGAUAACCUUGGGUUUUUUUUUUGUAUAUGUCAGACAUGACAGAUAAUUUACUGAGAGAAUGAACUUUAACAUGUAGUUUUCUCGAUGACUACACCUAUUCGAAGCUGCUAUGUCUGCUGAUUCCUGAAAUUGAACUGUGCCAGAGAAUAAAUAACUUGCUCUUUCUCUACACUUGGGCUACGUUAACGUUUGCCCACUUGCGACACGUAUGUGAUAUUUUCAUGCAGUAUGAACAGUCCAAUUUUGAUGUUUUCAAAUCCGUACCUUUUCAUGUGUUGAUCUAAAUCGAAUAUGUAACCAUUGCCUCUGCACUACGAAUGAGCGUCCGAACACAUGCGAUAUAUAUAUGUCAUCAACAAGUGAAAUUGGUCACCACUAUUCGACAAAACAAACAACAGAAUCAAACGAGCGAUAGCGGACAAAGGCAAAAAAACCCAACCGUUUUUUUCCUUGAAGGUAUCAGAUUGAAAAAAUGUUGCCUACGGUAGUGUAAAAUCUUUGAAAAUUGCCACAGAAGCGGGAUGGCCAAGACCAUGUUUACAUCCGUUAACGCUGCGAGACUCAUGCCACACGUGUCAUGUUCCCUUCACACUGCAAAUCGCAUAUGUUUGUGCAAUAUGACGGUCUGCACAAAAAAAUUGGAAUAAAAAAAUCUGACUAGGGCAUCACGCCCUGCGGUGUGGAUGUACAUGUACAUGUACAUGAUUGUAAACAUGGAAACAUUCUGAAAAUGUCAAACUAUGAAGGUUCUCAGCUCACUGGCCAACAAAGGCAUUGUGUUUGGUGGCCAGGACAGAAACUGCCUCUGUUGAAUCGUAGCCAGACAUGACGUCAACUACUGUGUCGCUUGCCAGGGACUCAUCGUGUAGCGGCUGCUGGUUGGGUGCCACCUGGACGGCUGGGGGUCCUCAAACAGUAGGCGCUACCCCCUGGCAGAACAAAUUUUUUUUUGCGGUUCACAAUUACUAAGGCUGUCUGGUGGUUUUGCCAUGCAUUAUUACUAGUGUAGCACCCAUUUUUUGGCUCCCGAUUCCGACACCUGGCUGUGUGGUAUCAGCCAAUGCUGUACAAAUACCACUUUUUUUUUUUGUAAAUAAAUUACUGUACUAAAUUACCGUACUGAAAAGUCAUCACUAUGAAUUGGUCAGACACUCAUUGUCUCUUAACUCAUUGACAGCGCUAGAUUUCCAUUCCAUUUGAAGUGGAAAAGAACGUUCAUUCACUGCCACGCCCCCGCUUCAAGUGGACUGGAUGUCUAGCAGUGAUAAACUAAUUGGCAGCAUUUUUGCUAGAAAAAGAAUUAAAAAAACACAAAAAAACCCCAUAACUCAUUAGCUGCUAUUGACAGCGCUCAUUCAAUGCCACCCUAAAUUGUUCUUAGUCUUUUCCUAUAUUUUCAGCACUUAUUUUCAAACAUAAUUGCAAACGAAUUGUGAAAAUGACUUUACAAGGUCUCCAAACUAAUGUUAAAUUGCUAGGGAAAAUGGCGUUGUAUGUGGAUUAAUGUCUCCCAAAACUAUCUGGCAAACUUCACCGGUUGCUCAAAUUAGGUCAGUGCAAUAUUUCCCCUUUGUUUCCUUUUUGCCGCCACAUUCAUCGGGGUUGUAAAUGAGCAGUCCAGCAGCAAAUUCACAAUUACAUCACAGUGACUAGUUACUGUGACAGCUUCUAUUACUAAAGACUUUUGUGGUUGGACAAAAAAAAACUUCACAAUAAAUUUUUUGUCAUGUAGUUUGUCAUAAAUUUUUGAUAUAUGACGCAUCCGGAACAACUACUCUAUUCACUUUCUCCAAUUUCAGUCUCUCUAUAUUCAUGCUCAGCAAGCUUUUGAACUCAAUUUAUUAUUAGAAAAGUCACAUUACAUUUUAACUUUGCUCAUUCUAUUCAUAGCUGGUUUAUUCAUACAGUCACUCAACAUUUUUUUUUUCAUAUUUCUACAUUUUAUUUCUUCCUCCUUUGCUACACGAUGCUGACGAGGGAUACUGCAUACAUUUUUUAAAUCAACUUCAAUAAAUUGACCUGCACUCAGUUAAACUAGUAAAACAAUACAACUAACAAUGAUGUUGAACUUAAUUUGAAAAGAAUGAUUACUAAACCUCCACUGUAUUAAUACAGUACACAAUUCGGUUGAAGUUGAUCACUUUGUUUUUUUCUUUCAAAAUGUGUAUGGGCAAAUUAGACCAAAUGGCAACAACCACAAGCUCUAUACGAAAAUGAAUUGUUUUAACAUUCUUUCUUAAAGUGCUCAACAGUCUGAGGUCAUGUUGCAACAUGACUUUUACCAAACAGAUUAUGAUCUCUCAUUCCUAAUGAAUAGCCAGGUGCACUCACAUCGGCUUUUAAAUGAAGGCAAAACUGUGUGUUGCAGGGAUCUACAAUUGUUGCGCAUAAAAAAAAGAAGAAAAAAAAGAAAAAAAUAGUUUUUUUGACUAACACACACCUGAGGGUUUUACUAUUAUAUUUUAUUCAAUAAAUAUUUGUUAUCGCGGACCUAAAAUGUUUCUAGCAACUCUUUUUGCAGGUUCUGAACAUCCUUGAAAACAUUUCCAUGUUAUGAUACGAGUUUGUCAUUUAAGUACCUGCAAUUACUUUGACUUGGGAGUGUUUGAAGCAAGUGUGUUUAAAUGUGCUGUAAAUAGCCACCUAUUUGGGGUUUAGAAUAUACAUAAAGAGUAGGCCUACAUGACACAAUCAUAAAUUAGAAAGGGACCAUGUGUGGACACCAUUUUAUAUUGCUUGUUUGCAUUCCAGCACCACACCCAGUCUCCUACACAUGGAUGUUUGUGUCUUCAGUAUAUACAACAUAGAGCUCAAAAUAUUCAUGCCUGUUUUUGACGUUAAUUUAAGGGUAAAAGUGCUACAGAAAAAUCGGCGGUUGGUUAAAAAAAAAUCCAUGAUUGUCACUUAUGAAAUUGUCGACUUUACUGGCAGCAAGACAAGUCUCAACAAUCCAUUGAGUACUUCAACUAAAUCCAUGUUAAUUCCAUUUUUUUUUUUUUACCUGUGAUGCUUUGAAAUUGAUAUCUUACCGAGCAUCAAAAUUUCAGUCUUUACUGCACUUGUUAAGAAGUUUGAAAUAUAUUGUGUAUUUUUUUGGAAAGGUUUAGAACGUCUAUGAUCAGUGUGUUAUUGUAAGGUAUGAGUUUUCAUAAAUAAGAUGCUUUGGGCCUGCUCAUGAUGUUAAUGGUGUACUGAUGAAAACCUCCGAUGAAAGAGUGUGUAACUCAGUCUCUGGUUGGAUAUUCCACACCUUAUCAACUUUAGAAGGAACAAUUGCAUCUGCUCUUUUAUGUCCAAUUUAUUACUUUUUAUCAACUGUAAUUCUGUAUUAAUUCACGCAAUAAAAAAAAUGCAAUACGCUCUUGUCUAUUUUUUCCAGAGAAAUAACAGAGGAGAAAAUAAUGGCAAAAAUGUUCUGCUAAAUUAUCUUUUUCUGUUUUAUACGAAAC